CAUUGGCGUCAGCUGACAGACUGUUGGCGCCAAAACCGAGACUUGGGUCUCUGCAGAGCAUACUUGUCCAAAACCUAAUAUCAGGGAAACCGACUGGAAAUGGCAAGCAAUACCGGCACCUCUUGGAAAACAACCAUUAUAAUUAGCUCCUCGCCCCAGUGUGAUGAACCCUCGAAGAUUCUUCUGGCGCAGCAGCACAGGAUUCGCCGCUCGGACACCAUCCUGUCCUCUGCCUUUGUUUUCCCCAUGUCAGGAACGGCUUUCUUGCUGGUCACACCCGAGGAGUUUCCAGCUAAGCUUGAGAAUUCAGAAUUUUUUGAAAGAAUUGAGAAGUUUGUGCAGGUCCAUAGAAACAGUUUUCUUCUGCUUCAAGCCCCAGUCUACGGAAAAAGGGAGUGGGAGAUUUUAUCAUCCGUGCAAAACAGCAGAUUUCUUGGCUGUAACCUCAGAGUCAUACCUGUGCACAGUACUGCUGAUGUAGUGAAGGGAAUGCUGGUCAUUGCGAAGGCCACAAGUAAACCCAAUGUGGCGAAUUUGAGCGACCAGAUGUCUUUGGCUUGUACUUACAUCAUUGAUCACAGCCCAGUUUGGGGGAUGCUUCAAGAGAUGCAGUUCUAGUUAGAUUUACUAUAUGUUCCUCUCAAUUCAGGUUCUUGUUGCUUGCUAUACUUGUUUUAAACAACAGAUGUCAGUAUUGUUUCAUAGUAAGUUGUGUCAAAACUAACUUGCCAUUCACACCUUGUUGUUAAGCCUUUUGAAAACCUCUUCUUUCAAAAGAAUUCAUAAACUAUUAAGAUCAAAGUAUAGACAUUGACAGAAGAAAAAUGUCCAACUUUUAUUUGUGCUGGAAAAGUUGUAAAAGUCAGAAUACAGAAUAGUAUCGAAAAUAUUUAUAUUGUUGCUCUUACAUUCCUUUUUUUAUCGUUUCAAAUGUGUCAUGCUACAGGGAUGGUAAACAAAUAAAUUCAUAAAUGCAUUAUUCAGUUCAGAAAGCA